AUGCCACCUGACGCAGACAUCAAACGUUUUAUCCUGAUGCCAUCUGAACCCAUUUCAUUGCGUCUGCAGGCCACAGACGAGGGCGUGUAUCACCACCCCAGACAGACUGCUUAUAAGGCCACGCAUGAAGCCAGAGAGGACUCCAGCAUCUUCAAGGCUCAAGAGGAGAGGACUUUAGACGUCAAAAGAUGCUUUGCACUAGGGUGGUAA